UGAUUUGGACAGUCGCAGCUGCAACCUGCAAUCAAACGGACGCUUCAAAUUAAAUUCGUUGGAAUUGUGCUAAUCGUUUGAAAAAGGCGAACAGGCCAAGAGACUAAGCGAUCGCUACGAAAUACAUUACAAGAAGCGUACAACAACUAUUACAUAAGAGAUGCAUCUACGAUGGCUACUUCUCUGUGUUGCGGCAGUUCUAAUGCCCAUUUCCUCUGCGGCCUUCAAUAUCUUAUUUAUGGGUCCCUUUCCAGCGCCUAGCCAUUGGAUGUGGUUGGAGCACUUUUUGCGUGAUCUACUGCAACGUGGCCACCAUGUAACUGCAGUGACAAACCAUCUCGCCAAAUAUCCGCAUGAAAACCUCACCGAGAUUAUUAUCGAGCCGCAAUUCAAUAUUCCACAUUAUUUUCCCAAAGAGAAUAUUUUCAAAAUGCGUUUCGCGAGCGAUUUUCAAAACCUGCAAAUGUGGUGGCACGUCGGUUUGCUCACCACCGAACACGCGUUCAAUGACCCGAAAGUCAAGUCCCUCAUAGCCAGCAGGGAUCUAGAAUUCGAUCUCAUCGUCAUGGAGCAGUUCUUCCACGAAAGUUUCCUCAUGUUUGCGCACAAAUUCAAGUGCCCCGUCGUUACACUGGGCACAAUGGGCUAUGCGGACAAUAUGGACCAUGCGAUGGGGCUACUUACACCCUGGGCUAUCAUACCGCACCUUUUGCUCUCACACACGGAUCAAAUGACGUUCUCGCAGCGUGCUUACAAUACGUAUUUAUCCUUGUACGACACUGUCAUGCGGCGUCUUUAUUAUAUGCCCAAAAUGCAAGAGAUGGCUGAGAAGCAUUUUACAGGAUUCAUCGAAGGCCCCUUACCAAAUGUGCGCGAUCUGGAGAGGAAUAUUUCAAUGAUGCUGAUCAAUAGUCAUCGCAGUCUGGAUGUGCCACGUCCGAGUAUGCCCGGACUUGUCAACGUUGGUGGCGUGCACAUAAAAACUCCCAAAGCACUGCCAAACGAUUUGCAGCACUUCUUGGACAACUCCACCCAUGGUGUGGUCUAUUUCAGCCUCGGUUCGUAUAUGAAAAGCAUCGACAUGCCCCAAGAGAAAAUUGCGCUCAUUCUCAGCGCAUUCAGCCAACUCAAACAAGAUGUGCUUUGGAAGUUCGAGAACUCAUCGAUUGGCCACUUGCCGCCCAAUGUGAAAAUCCAAAGUUGGUUGCCCCAAAACGACAUACUCGCGCAUCGCAACGUGAAGGUGUUCAUUACGCACGGUGGCAUCUUUGGCACUCAGGAGGGCAUACACUGGGGUGUGCCAAUGUUGUGUAUACCCCUGUAUGGCGAUCAGCAUCGCAAUACUAUAAAAUCUGUGCGCGCUGGCUAUGCGCGCGCUUUGAAUUUCGGUCAAAUGUCCAGUGAAGAUUUGGUGCAGAACAUACAGCUGCUUAUAACGGACUCCAGCUACAAGCAAAAGGCUCUGGAAGUUUCGCGCAAAUUCAGAGAUAAUCCCAUGCAUCCCUUGGAUGAAGCCUCGUUUUGGAUGGAAUACGUGGCCCGUCAUAAAGGUGCACCGCAUUUGAAGUCGUACGGCGCUUAUAUGCCGCUAUACCAAUAUUUGUUGUUGGAUGUGUUAGGUUGUGCGCUCUUGUUGGCGGUUGCGGUUAUUUGGCUGCCGUUGAAGGUAUUGAAAGUUUUGCGCAGCCUUUUGCAACGAAAAGACGAGAGUGAAGCUGGCGCGUUGAGGAAAAAGCGCCAAUAAAACUGUGAUUGAUUUUUUCUACGGAAAUAAUUUUAAGUCUAAGAUAGUUUAUGUUUGUAGAAUAGUAAAUUAUUUAUAAGUAUUUCUUUUUUCUGCAAUAAGAGAAUUAUUGGCAAAUUUUAAUUUCUGAUAACCAAAAAGCUUUACUGUUCAGUUUGUGGUCAGAUUACCCUUUUGUGGGAUCGAUAUAACAAAAAGAACCGAAUUUGUUUAACAAAAAUGUAUUUUUUUAAAUAAAGA